ACACUGGCAGCACCUUCCAGGCCGGACUCGUAACUCCUCUUUCCGCUCGGAGACCCUCGCCGGGAGGCGGAUCCGGACCGGACCCAGCGCCGCUCCAUGGCUCUCCUGUUACUGCCUCUGCUUCUGGCCGGACUCCUGCGCACUUGCGCCCCCAGCCCCACUCCCGAGCCCGGCUGUCCUUCCUGCCAUCCCCCGAUGGAGCCCGAGAUGCUGGAGGCGGUGAAGCGCCACAUUCUAACUCUGUUGCACAUGCAGGAUCGGCCGAACAUCACACACAUGGUGCCCCGAGCCGCGAUGGUCUCUGCCCUGAGGAAACUACACGCCGGCCGGGUCCGAGAAGAUGGGAACCUGGAGAUCCCUGAUCUGGAUGGGCACAGCCUCCCGCCCCCCGGGCACAGCACUGAGAACAGCGCCGAGAUCAUCAGCUUCGCCGAAACAGAUGAUGUGACGGCUUCCAGGGUCCGCCUUUCCUUCACUAUCGCCAAUGAGGGCAACCAAAAUUUAUUUGUGUUUCAGUCCAACCUGUGGCUGUACCUGAAGCUCCCAGAGGUGAUGGAUAAAAGCCGGCGAAAAAUCCGCAUAAAAGUACAUUUCCAGGAUGCAUUUAAUCCGGACAAAAUGAACAUGGUAGAGAAAAAGGUAGACAUCCGGAGAAGUGGCUGGCACACCUUCCCCCUGACGGAGGCCAUCCAGUCUCUCUUUGAGGAAGGGGAGCGGAGGUUGAACCUAGAAGUCCAGUGUGAUGGCUGUGGGGAAUAUUCAGUCAUCCCCGUCUAUGUCGACCCUGGAGAAGAAUCGCAUCGCCCCUUUCUGGUGGUGCACGCCCGUCUUGCUGACAACAAGCACCGGAUCCGUAAGAGAGGCCUCGAGUGCGAUGGACACACAAAUUUGUGCUGUAGGCAACAGUUUUACAUUGACUUUCGCCUUAUUGGCUGGAAUGAUUGGAUAAUAGCCCCUGCUGGUUAUUACGGGAAUUACUGUGAAGGCAGUUGCCCAGCCUACUUGGCUGGAGUCCCUGGGUCUGCAUCAUCCUUUCACACGGCAGUGGUGAAUCAGUACAGGAUGAGAGGGCUGAACCCUGGGACAGUGAACUCGUGCUGCAUUCCCACCAAGCUCAGUACUAUGUCCAUGCUUUACUUUGACGAUGAGUACAAUAUUGUCAAGAGGGACGUACCCAACAUGAUUGUGGACGAGUGCGGCUGUGCAUGAUGGGAAAGUUAAGGACAGGAAGUUCAUUGUGAUCCCUCAUGCCCAUGGGAUCUCUGGAGGUCGAUGUCUCACGCUUGAGAGCAGUGGGGUCUGUGUGUCUCCCAUCGCAGACUUGUUCCAAUACCUAAAUAAUAAUAUCUCAUGGGACUGUCAGUGUCAGUAGCCACCUUGGCGGGUCACUAGCGAUCAGCAAACAUGUUCAUUUGAUGCCAGCGAGUCCUGGCAAAGGGAUAGAAGCAAAGAAGGUUUCACCUGCCUUAGGAGGGAGUAGGGCAACCACAAGGGUACAUUCCUUCAUUCUCAAGUGACCAACCAAAACCUCCUCCAACCAGGCGACGGCUGCCUCAGACUCUCCAAGUAAUUCGCCUAUAGCACUUUUUUAUAGAGGAAUGUAGUUACAUUUUAGUGGAACUAAAGGGGGACCAUGUCUCCUGCAUUGCUUGAUGAUGAUGGUGGGACUUGGCAAGCACUUGGCUGAACCUUCAGGACCCAAAUGGAGACACCACCUACUCCAGCCUAGCUUUUGUCUGCAGUCUGGAACGGCACUUCCAUUCUCCUGCCGUACAGCCACAAGUGACUCUUAUACAAAUAGUACUGUAACCCGCAGCCCUUAUCUCACAACCCUCUGAGCUGCCUCUUGCACCAGAACUAGAGGAGCCAGGGCUCCUUUGAUUGACUCGCCUUAUUAUUGACCCAUAGCCUCACAGAGGGCCAAGAAGUUUGUGAGUGACAAAAUAGACAGAAUGAUCCUUCUGCCGGAAUAUCCAAGGUCCUUUACCUUAAAAGCAUAGCACUUGCAACUGCUGAGGACGCAUUUCAAAACAAUUUGCACUUCUCACUGCCUUGAAUAGAUGGCACUUGACAGUGCACUUAGCAUGACUCACUAUCCAGUCGUCAGUAGGUCGUCCUGCACCCAGCGUGGGCUUUAAAAACAAAUCUUGUGUCCCCAGAAAAGUGUGAUGUAUCUGUGGCUCUGGGGGCCAUAAGAAUCUACCUGCGCUAGGGCUUUGGCAUUUGAUAUCAGCCAUAAUAUACUGUGCCCGUAUGUGGUUCCAUCUUGUUCAGGGCACACAUAUCAUUUCAUUCAGUUCAUGGUGGUGCCGAAUCAUCUCAAACCCUCAGAGACAGUAAUUGCUUUGGCCCCUCUGGCACUUAAAUGGUUAAGCAGAGGGGUCCUUUUGGUGCCCUUGCAAUGCCCAAGUUUCACAGAUCCCUAUCAGUCCCCCCCAAGGGCUGUGCGCCUGAGCUAUGCAUUUCACAUACACUGGACAGGAAAGACUUCACGGCAAACUUAUUUUUUUUUGCUAAUAUAUAAAUAUCUAUUUUUUAUACUUGAAAAUGAAUUUUGUCGGCUUAAUUGUGUGUGUUUUUCUCUGAAGCGAAGGAAUGCCUGUGAUGUUUUGCACUGAGUCCACACAUUAUUCAACACAAAAAGAAAAAAACCUGCCAUUUUGUAAGGGAGAUUUAAAAAAAAAAGAAAGAA